GGUGUACAGAAGCAGGCAACAUGAUCUGGAAGAUGUGAGCACAUAACAGCAGCAGAUGGGUGUGAACUGCUUAUGAGAGGCUGGCUAUGAAUCUUUAAACGUGUUCCUGAAAAACGAAUAUUCAUCAACUCUGCCGUCUUUUAAGUGACAACUCCAGUUCCUUACAUGUCUGUGAUCUUCGCGAGUGACACACCAUCCACUUACCUGGUUUUAUUCUCAGAAAGCCCUCUCAGCACCGACAAGAUCUCCAGAAGUCUGCUAGUCAGACUGAAGUUCAACAGGAAAAGAGAGAUACUUAGAUUCCAGAAUGACAGGUGUGUGUGGCUGUUGUGGAGCAUUGCGUCCCCGUUACAAGAGACUUGUUGACAAUAUCUUCCCAGAGGAUCCAGAGGAUGGGCUGGUAAAAACCAACAUGGAGAAGCUGACUUUCUAUGCCCUCUCUGCUCCAGAGAAGCUGGAUCGCAUUGGAGCUUAUCUGUCAGAGAAACUGAUUCGAGAUGUGGGCAGGCACCGAUACGGGUAUGUGUGCAUUGCAAUGGAAGCCUUGGAUCAGCUAUUAAUGGCCUGCCACUGCCAGAGCAUCAAUCUCUUUGUGGAGAGUUUCUUGAAGAUGGUGGCCAAGCUGUUGGAAUCGGAGAAGCCUGACCUGCAAAUCCUUGGCACCAAUUCGUUUGUGAAGUUUGCAAACAUUGAAGAAGACACUCCGUCUUAUCACAGGAGCUAUGAUUUCUUUGUCUCCCGCUUCAGUGAAAUGUGCCACUCUAGCCAUGAUGACAUGGAGAUCCGGACAAAGAUCCGGAUGUCUGGCAUCAAAGGACUACAGGGUGUGGUUCGGAAAACAGUUAAUGAUGAGUUGCAGGCAAACAUCUGGGACCCUCAACAUAUGGACAAGAUUGUGCCUUCAUUGCUCUUCAACCUUCAGCAUGCAGAGGAAGCAGAAAGCCGUUCUCCCUCACCCUUGCAAACAACAGAGAAGGAGAAAGAGAACCCAGCAGAGCUGGCUGAACGAUGUUUGAGGGAGCUCCUGGGUCGGGCAGCCUAUGGCAAUAUCAAAAACGCAAUCAAGCCUGUCCUCAUCCACUUAGAUAACCAUUCUCUUUGGGAGCCAAAUACCUUCGCAAUCCGUUGCUUUAAGAUCAUCAUGUACUCCAUUCAGCCACAGCAUUCCCAUUUGGUGAUUCAGCAGCUCCUGAGCCAUUUGGAUGCGAACAGCAAAAGUGCUGCCACUGUGCGGGCAGGGAUAGUUGAGGUCCUCUCAGAAGCAGCCAUCAUUGCAGCCUCUGGAUCUGUUGGACCAACUGUGCUGGAGGUGUUCAAUACCCUUCUAAGGCAGCUGCGGCUGAGUAUCGAUUAUGCCUUGACGGGUAGCUAUGAUUGUGUCAUUGCUGGUGGCACCAAGAUCAUUAAGGAACAUGAAGAAAGAAUGUUCCAGGAGGCCAUAAUCAAGACCACAGGUUCUUUUGCCAGCACUCUGCCCACCUAUCAGAGGUCGGAGGUCAUGCUGUUUAUCAUGAGCAAAGUUCCGCUUCCUUCUCUGCAUCACCCUGUAGACAUGGGCAAAGCUGGGGAGAACAGGAAUCGAUUGACGCAGAUCAUGUUGCUAAAAUCUCUCCUGCAGGUUUCCACUGGUUUCCAGUGCAGUAACAUGCUCACAGCCCUUCCCAGCUCCUUCCUGGACAGGCUCUUGUCAGCUACAUUAAUGGAGGAUGCAGAGAUUCGCCUUUUUGUUCUGCAGAUUCUCAUCAGCUUCAUUGAUCGCCAUGGAACUAAGCACAAAUUUCAGACAAUCAGCACUAUCAGUGAUAUCUCCAUCCUGAAGCUGAAAGUGGACAAAUGUUCACGCCAAGAUACUGUCUUCAUGAAAAAGCACUCCCAGCAGCUGUAUCGACACAUUUAUUUCACUUGCAAGGAAGACAAUAAUAGUCGUACUCACUAUGAGGCUGUCUACAGUCUGCUGGCACUCAUCAGCAUUGAACUGGCCAAUGAAGAGGUGGUAGUGGACCUCAUCCGGUUGGUUUUGGCCAUACAGGAACUGGCCCAGGUGAACGAGGAUAACCUGCCGUUGUACAGCCGCUGUGCCCUGUACGCCCUUGGAGCUGCCUACCUGAACCUGAUUAGCCAACUGACCACUGUGCCUGCCUUUUGCCAGCAUAUUCAUGAGGUUAUAGAGAUGAGGAAAAAGGAGGCGCCCUACUUACUGCCUGAAGGUGUCUUUGUCGAGAAACCCAGGCUGUCACGGAACCUGGAUCACCUGGGCCCCGAGAUUCUCUUCCGGCAGAGCAAGAUCAGUGAAGUGCUGGGAGGGAGUGGCUACAAUUCAGAUCGGCUCAGCACACCUUACAUCCCUCAGCUGACAGAUGAAGACAGACUGUCUAAGAGGAGGAGUAUUGGAGAAACCAUCUCUCUACAAGUUGAAGUGGAAUCUAGAAAUAGCCCUGAGAAAGAAGAGAGAGCACCAGCUGAAGAGAUCACUUAUGAAACCCUCAAGAAAGCAAUUGUCGACAGCGUUGCUGUAGAGGAACAAGAGCGGGAAAGGAGACGGCAGGUAGUUGAAAAAUUCCAGAAAGCUCCGUUUGAAGAAAUUGCAGCACAUUGUGGGGCCCGAGCAACUCUUCUACAGAGCAAGCUCAACCAGAUUUUUGAAAUCACAAUACGACCCCCUCCCAGUCCCUCUGGAACCAUCACAGCUGCUUAUGGCCAGCCUCAGAACCACUCCAUCCCGGUGUAUGAGAUGAAGUUCCCAGAUCUGUGUGUCUACUGAGCCAGACUGCAUGCCAAGACGAAGCUGAACAACAAAUCCUCCUGGGCCAUGCUGAAUGCUAUCACGCCGCCUUUGUGAGCUGCAGGGAGCUCCUGGGGCCAGGGAGCAACCACUCAACAUCCCUUUCAAGCAAGAGGGUUGGACAUUUCCCUUAGAGUCCACUCACUUGUACUUGGUUUCUCUCCCUUCUUCGUGCUCAACCCGUGUUCCGUCAUGGCAAAAGCCACAAAGCGCAUCCCCCAAAGCCUUUUAUAGACUGUGGGAAAAGGUGGCAAUUUCUUUUGCUUCCUUUUUCUAGAAGCUGUUUUAAUAGUGUUGAAGAAUUGAAUGUUUCCUCUCUCUGGUAAAAGCGUGUGUUGAUAAUCCAUUACAUAAAAUGAAUUUAUUCUCUGUG